AUGGCUAAUCCCUUUGAAGAGGAUGAUCCUUUUAUUGAUCCAAACGAUCUUGUUGUACCCAACGCUGCUUUUACCAGUGAUAGAUCUUCCCCAAGAAGAUACUAUCAAUUAGAUAAUACCGAGGACCAUCUGGACGACGAUGAAUCUAGUUUUGCAGGGAUGCCAAUGUCAGUUCAAGGAGUUUCGCCUACUCGCCAAUCUCCCAAUAUUUUCAUUAGAAGCUCUACCCACGCGAGGACUUUGCAGCCAGGGUUGAACCAAGCACCAACUCCUUCAUUAAGUUAUCAGGGACAGAAUACUUUGAGGAAAGCAUUCACCAGCCAAGAGAGCCCAAAGCGCCAGAGAGAAAAUAAGAUCGUAAUCAAUGCAAAACGGGACGACUUGGAUGGAUCUCCCCAGAGAAGUUUGUUCUCAAAAUCUGAGACGUCCAAUCCAAGUGAACGACUUUUGGAACCGCCCCAACCCAUUUUCUCCCCUCAGACUUAUGCAGAGGCAAACAUUAAUAAUAGCCAUGGCUCAUUUAAGUCUUCAGAUGAACAGACGCUUGGUCUGAGCAAUGGCGAAUACGCCUACGAUGAAUACCAGAAAGAAUACGAAGACCAAGAGUCCUUCUCCGACGCUAACACGGCCUAUACUUCGAGCUCUUAUUCUAAGCUGGACCCUGAUAGAGACUACUUUGCAAGUUCUAUUGACAGAAACGUCAUGAAGAAUAUCGAACGAGGGUACGUACCGAAUAGAGAAAAGACAUUGACAAAGAGGAAAGUGAGGCUAGUGGGAGGAGAGACGGGGAACUUGGUUUUGGAAAAUCGCAUUCCUGAUGAAUUGAAGAAGGUGUUGACGAGAACUAAUUCUCCCUUCGGAGAGUUCACCAGCAUGACCUACACAGCUUGCACUUCCGAGCCUGAUGAUUUUGUGAAAGAGGGUUUCAGUUUGAGGGCUGCAAAGUAUGGCAGAGAGACAGAAUUGGUAAUCUGCGUAACCAUGUAUAACGAAGACGCCCAAUCUUUUGCUCGAACAAUGCAUGGGAUAAUGAAGAAUGUCGCCCACUUGUGUUCAAGAUCGAAAUCGUCUGUUUGGGGUAAGGAUUCAUGGAAGAAAGUCCAAGUGGUCAUUGUGUCUGAUGGAAGAAAUAAGAUUAACGAGAGCGUAUUGCAACUAUUAACUGCAACUGGGUGCUAUCAAGAAAACUUAACCAGGCCGUAUGUCAACAACAAGAAAGUGAAUGCUCAUCUCUUCGAGUAUACAACACAGAUAUCGAUUGACGAGAAUUUGAAGUUCAAAGGAGACGAAAAAAGCUUGACUCCUGUUCAGGUUCUCUUCUGUUUGAAGGAAAGGAAUCAGAAAAAGAUCAACUCGCACAGAUGGCUAUUCAAUGCAUUCUGUCCGGUUUUAGAUCCCAAUGUUGUCAUUUUGUUAGAUGUGGGAACAAAACCAGAUAAUCACUCGAUAUACAAUUUAUGGAAAGCAUUCGAUAGAGAUUCAAAUGUUGCUGGCGCUGCUGGUGAGAUCACUGCAAUGAAAGGGAAAGGUUGGAUAAAUUUAACAAACCCCCUUGUCGCUUCCCAGAAUUUUGAGUACAAAAUGUCCAACAUUUUAGAUAAACCAUUGGAGUCCGUUUUUGGCUAUAUUUCUGUUUUGCCGGGUGCUUUGUCUGCUUAUAGGUAUAUUGCAUUAACAAACCAUGCAGAUGGAACUGGACCUCUUGCAUCCUACUUCAAAGGAGAAGAUUUGUUGACUUCACAUCACAAAAAGAACAGCAAGACCAAUUUUUUUGAAGCCAACAUGUACUUGGCAGAGGAUAGAAUAUUAUGUUGGGAGUUAGUCGCGAAGAAAGGAGAGAAUUGGGUACUUAAGUUUGUCAAGCUGGCAACUGGUGAGACUGAUGUUCCCGAAUCAAUACCGGAGUUCCUAUCACAGAGAAGGAGAUGGAUCAAUGGAGCAUUCUUUGCUGCAUUGUACUCCAUGCGCCAUUUCAAACAAAUCUGGAGUACAGAUCAUUCAGUUGUCAGGAAAUUCUUCUUCUGUGUUGAAUUUGCCUAUCAAUUCAUCACUCUUGUUUUCUCGUUUUUCUCAUUGAGCAACUUUUACCUUACAUUCUAUUUCUUGACUGGAGCAUUGAUAAACGAGCAAAGCUUAGGAAAAGGUGGAUUUUGGAUAUUCACAAUAUUCAACUACCUUUGCAUUUGUAUUUUGACCUCACUCUUCGUUGCAUCAAUUGGUAAUCGACCUCAGGCUUCUAAGAAUAUCUUUAAAUGCUUGAUCAUAUUACUUACUAUUUGUGCUCUCUAUGCACUAAUUGUGGGCAUCUACUUCGUUUGCAAUGCUAUCAAGCUGUUUCAAGUUGGACAUUCAUCGAAUUAUGUCUUUGUUAGCAUUGUGGUUUCUAUUUUGUCAACAUAUGGACUCUACACAUUGAUGUCAGUUUUAUAUUUGGAUCCCUGGCAUAUGAUUACCUGUUCAGUGCAAUAUUUCUUGAUGAUUCCAUCAUACACUUGCACUCUUCAAAUUUUCGCUUUCUGCAAUACCCAUGAUGUGUCCUGGGGAACUAAGGGCGACAACAACCCCAGAGAGGAUAGAUCAAAUCAAUACAUUAUUGAGAAGAAUGACGAGGGCGAGUUUGAAGCUGUCGUAUUUGACUAUAAUAUCGAUGAAGUGUACCUCGAAACGCUCUACAACAUUCGAGCACAAAGAUCGAACAAGAAAGUUAAAAGUCAAACAGAAAAAACAGUCAGUGUAGACGGUGAAGAUUAUGCUAAAGAUGUGAGAACAAAAGUUGUGCUUCUCUGGCUUGUUUGCAAUCUUGUUUUCAUCAUGACCAUGUUACAAGUCUACGAUGCUGGAGAAACCACCAGAAACUAUUACUUAGUAUUCGUGCUUUGGCUUGUCGCAAUACUUGCUUUGUUCAGAGCGGUGGGUUCUCUAGCAUACCUCUUUCAAAACCUUGCAAGGAGAGCAGUUGAAACGACAAGUAAAUGGAAACACAAGAGAGAAGGUUACGCAGUCACCCGUCCUAAUGCCCUCAACUGA